AUGUGGUGUGGAAAGUUGCUCGUUACUUGCCAGCGCUCACAUGCGGACAGCGCACUGUGGCGCCACUGUUGUCCUCUCUCAAAGACUUGCAAAAGGAUUGCCCGACGCUCCCUGUGGUGCGGGUGUCCAGUGCCAGGUCCCAAUGUCCUUGCGGCCAUGAUCUUCGGGAGAAAGCCCCAGCUGCCGAAGCCACCAUUGCAAACAAUGCGGCUGCGUCUCGGAGGACAUAGUAGCAAUCGCUACAAGGUCUACUCUUUGAACGCAGGCCUCUUGUGGGCGGAUUUUGUGGAGCAGCAGUGCCCGGCUUGCCGCAAGUACUUCUUGGGGAAUUGGUCUUUCAAGCGGCAACAGUCUGGCUACGGGCAUAUAUCAAAUUUGCAAUGUCAGUCAUCCGCCGCAGAUGGCUUUUUCAUUAUACCUCGCUACCGGAGCUUCUUUGCGGUUGAAAUAGCACUUCUCAAACACCUCACUGACAGCUUGCAUUUCAGCGGAGGGUCGAUGAAGGCUGCAGUCUUGGUAUGGGCCAUGCGUCAUUCAGAGGCUUGGCAGCAGGAUUUGCUCUUGGGCCCAGACAGAACUCAGCUGCCGCAUACCAUCAGCAACUUGUUGUCCGCUUGGUAUUCUUGGAGGGCCUUUGACAUGGCAGGCCAGCUAGCUGAGCCUAUUGUUUGGGAUAUGACCCCAGCCGGCUUCGACGCUUCCUUGUUAGCGCAUACAGCGGCCAUCCGAGAGCAGCAUUUAGAUUGGGUUGCGGCCCAUAUCAAAGCAUGCCCUCGCUGUCAUGACAAUCCUUGCUUCAUUGUGGAUGGGAAGGCUGGCGCUCGGCGACUGAUUUGCGCAGGCACAGAUGGUACAGUAUCCUUCCCAGACCUUGGCGUAGAAUUCGCUUCUGGCUGCACCAACUUUGCGCACGCAAAGCACCAGCAUUGCUCUGCAUGCCGCCACUUGCCCGAACAUGACCACCUCAUUGCCCAUCAGCUUUCCGUGCUUGGCACAGAAGAGCGCGAGGAUGCUGACGGCCAAGGCCUUGAGAUCAUGUACGUCGUGCAAUGCAAAGAUCCUUCUGAUGCCUCGCAGGUAGUGGAAUUGCUUCUGCCGCACCAAGAGGUGCGAAAAGAUUUGCUCCUGACCUUUGAAAGAGGGCUUUUGCCACAAAAGACAGAUCAUCGCAACAAAAAAGCUGCAAAAGCCAAGGGCUCGAGACAAAAAGCUCGGUGGCUGCGAAAAAACGAUGCAUCUUGUUCAAGCAUUCUGGCACCCAAGAAGGCGCGUGUCAAGAAGAAGCCACGUUUGCCUGCCAAGCCUGCCAAGUUAGAGCCCACUGAGUGCACAGUCGACAAAGAUACCCACCGCCGCCGCCGAACCACAGGAGGCAUUUUGACUUGUGUGCUUAGUUGCGGAUUGUUGGCCGACUUCAUCGAGAUGUGGCGUGGGGAGCAAAUGGAAUUAGUGUACGUCUUUCUCCUUCAGUUUCUCAAAGACAUGCAGACGCGUGGGGUUUCCAUUUCUUGCGUUGCCUAUGAUAAUGCUUGCAAGCUGUGGAAAACAGUGCAAGAGAAGAAGGAUAGCAGGCCGCCAUGGUCUACCAACUUUUCACAAAUUGGGCUGGUUCUGGACCACUUCCACAAGCGCAAUCAUACGUGGUGCUUGAAGAAUCUUCCCCAGACAAACCCGGACACACCGCAAAAUGCGGCGCUGCUGAAAAACAAAAACACUGAAGCGUGCGAACAGCUGAACAGCUGGAUCACAGGAAGAACCAAAUCCAGCUUGGAGAUGCCACCUGGUCGCUUUGCCAUUUAUUGGCGCACCUUGUUCCAGCAGCACAAUGUUUGGUUGGAGGCAGAGGCUGACUGCUUGCGAAGACGAUUUGCCAAAGGCAAGAUGCAGCAUGUUUUCAUUGUGCACGACCAGCGGCCGCACCUGGGUACAUGGUCCAAGCCCAAGGAGCCGGUCAGUCUGACUCCGCGACGCAAUGAAGAAACUCAAUUCAGCAACGCGCCAUCCUUGCGCAAAGACUUUUGGAGGGAUGCAUUGCUUUCUCUAUUCUUUGCGAGGUCCAGUGGUUUAGCUGUGUUGUCUGUCUUUACCCUAUCGCGAAGCAACUUGGUAGGCGGAGAAGGUAUACAGCGCUGCGACAUUCGGCAUCCACGGUUUCUGUCUCGGUGCACGCAUUGUAAGAUGUCCCCACUUCGACACUUCCUCUGCUUGGCUUUGGUUUGUGGAGCACGUGCUGCGAAAAGAGGGAAAUACACGCCAGCGAUGCCUGAGGAGCGCACCAUGAAUGGCAAAGAUGUGCGCCAAGCCACAAAGCUCUUAGAGACCAUGUGCCCUUUCCCUUCCGAGACUAUGGCCCAAACUGUGCCCUGUUCUUGGCAGUUCGCUGGGGCCCUAGCGCGGGCCACGAGCUUGCAUCAGAGCUGCGCCUUUGUGCACCUUCUCAUCAUGUUGUCACUGGUCCUGAACGCCGUUCAAGUCCGUUUUGGAGGCAUCUUAGGAAAGUUCCCCAACAUCCUGAUGCUUCAGCAUGGUGAACCUGGGGAUGGCAAAUCCAUUGCCCUGUGGCUGGUCCUUCAAGUUUUGUACUACUUCGACACCAUCAAAAGCAAGCAUGAUGCUGCCAGGCAUCGCAUCGACUCGCGCCGCUAUGAAGAAGCAAAGCGAGCUUACGAAGGAGCGCUUGCAAUCAAUGACCCUGAAGCUGAAGAGCCAGUCCCACCAACCAAGCCAGAAAAACGAGAUUCUGUGCAGAACAAAGGAACUUUCUAUGGACGCUUGGGCUGCCUUGUGUUUUGUUUCAUUUUUUUUACCGUUUCAUGUCUCCCCUUCUGA